UUUCAAUCACGCCAAAUGGAUAAUGAAUAGAGUUUUAUCUUUUUAAUGCAUUAUUCCAAUGAAAUAGAUAGAUUUUUAUGGUUAAAUGGCUAACGGUGAAAGUGGAGAAGUUCCUGGUGCCAUAAGGCUUAUGGUUAAAGUAUGGGGAGCGUUCUCAGCUCUUUUGAGUAUUGGGUUUGGUGUGUUUGUAAUGAUCACAGUUACACCUAUAUGUCUUGCUGCUGGGGCUAUUAUGGUUACCUCAGGAUUAGUUAUAUUAACAUUUGAAGCUCCUGUUUUAUGUUUCAAAAUUGAAGCAAUUGCAAAGUUGAGCAAAUGGAUUGAAGAGCAUCUAAAAUUCUGGAUUAGAGCUUUUAUCUAUUUUUGUUUUGCACUACUUCCAUUCUUAAUGUGCCGUGAACUGUCAACUUUUAUUGGGAGUGGUGCAGUGAUGGUAACAGCAGCUUUAUACGGGGUCAUGGCUAUUGGAAGAAAAGGUCAAGGGCCAAGUGGAUCAAAAUCAAAUGAUGAUGAUGUAGAAAUGAAAGAAUCACUGGUAGACAGUCAAGGGGAUCCUAAAGAGCUAGGCUCACCAUCCUGAGCUUAGACAUUAUUUAUAAAAAAACAUCCAAAAUUUAUCUAAUGAAAAGCAGUGUGCGCAAUCAUUGUAAAUUACUCUGGGAAGCUAAGGGUUUACAGUAGCAAUUCUUUAAUUGACCUUUCCAAAGCAGGGUGCUUAUUUAUACACUUUAAGUGGCCUUAAAAUAAGUAAGCGUAGAAAAUCUACCUACCUCAUCAAUAUAUAUCUUGCCCACAGAGCAAAGAACUUAUUUAAUUAAAUUUAAUUUAUUGGAUUCAUACAUAUAUAUAUUUGUAUUUUAUUUGAUGCCAUGCAUUUUAUUCCAAUCUAAACAGAAUUAAUGGUUGUACAGAGCAUACACAUUUACCAAAAUGGAUCUCAAUUAAUUGGAAAUCAUUCCUGAUGUAUGUGUUUAAAUAUUUUAACAUCAAAUGCUUAGAAUUGAAGUUAAUAAGUUCACAGCAACCAGGUAUAUAAU